AGUGCUGGGAUUAAAGGCGUGCGCCACCACUGACCGGCUUGUUUUUGCUUUUUAAAAAAAGAGAUGGAGGCAGGAAGAUGAGUUCAGUCAGAUCCUCAGGUACAUAGUGAAGUCAAGGCCAACUUAAGCUACAUGAGAUCCUGCGUCACAUUCUGACUCAACUGAGAAUACAGAAUAGCGUACUGGUGUGUGUGUGUGUGUGAAAUAAGCAACAUUUGAGUAGCAGAUCUCUGUAAGUUCAAGGCCAGCCUAGUCUACAUAGCGAGUUUUAAAAUGAAAUGUAGGUGGUACAGAAAUAGCUUUCGAUAGGAAACAUAAAGUGACGGUUGAUUUGGCAAAUCUUUGCGGGCAAAGACCAUUGCUAGGCCUUACCUGCAGUGUGUGUGUACUGAUCUACUGUCCACUGUUCCUAACCGCUACUGGUCUACUGUCCACUAUUCCUAACCGCUCCCGGUCAUUCUCUAGGCUUCAGCCUGCCCUCCUGUUAUCCAUCACGCCUCUGUUCCUUUCACAACCUGGCAUAACUUAGGCAGAUGGCUCCACUAUCAGGCGGCAAACCCAUCUAGGUACCAUGUGUUCCAGAUUUCCCGGGCUUCAUUCCUCUCUCUCUUGGUGCCUGAUAAUUGUUCCCAUGCUUUGUCCUUUGACCCAGUCCUAAAACAUCAUCUUUCAUCCAUAUGCUAGAUUGUUAAGUGGUCCUGGAGUCAGCAAGACAGUUUAUCUCUGUUUUCAAAGUAGGUUCGACAGAAACUGGUCAAGACAGAUGCCCUACCAGAUGAGCAUUAUCUGGUUACCCAAACCGGAAGCGAGCUGCUCUUAUCUACCCUGGCGUCCUUAUCAAGAUUCCAACAAAGCCUCCGUGGGGCGGGAUUAGGGCGGAGCCUGUUUGAUGACGUGAUUCGGACUAUGGAGCCGGUCUUGAUCGCUGUGCUCGAUUGGGUAGCCUAACCGGAAGUGGACGGCCGUCUGGUCCGGAAGGUGUGGGACUCCGAAGCGGCGGCAAAAAUGCUUGGAGCGAAAGCCGACUACCGGCUACCCACGGACUGCGCGCGCCGGAUAGUGGCAGAGGUGCAGGGCGCCCUGGACUCCUGCGCGGAGCGACAGCGACAGUUGGAGCGGAGCCUGCGCGUUUCCAGGCGGCUGCUGCAGGUCUGGGAACCAGCCAGAACCCUAGCUCCGGAGCCAGAAACCAAGGAAGAGGCCCCAACUCCAGCAUGCACACCGAGUGCUCAAGACCUCAGGGAACUGGAGCUUCUGACCCAGGCACUGGAGAAGGCAGUACGAGUGAGGAAAGGUCCGUCUAAGGCUGGACAAAGAGACAGAACCCCCAGCCUGACUUCUGCAUCUAAUGCAGCCGCUUCUGGUGCCACUACUCCUACCCAUUCCCAGCCCUCCAGCCAGGCUGGCAGCCGUGCAUCAGGUGCAAGAUCCACCAAGGGCGUCCAACGGGCCACAAUCCCUGCCAAGGACCACCCCAAGGGCAGACCUCUGUCAAGGGGAGAUAGGACCCAUAUGGGAACAGAAUUCCAAGCUACCAGGUCUGGACCAGGCCUCUUGGACCAACAAAUGGCCCCAUCAGCUGUUCCUCGUCCCACAGAACCCUUCACCCUGAAAGAGAAGGGGACUCUCCUACAAUUACCUGCGACAUUCAGGAAGGCGGCUUCCCAGAAUUCCCGUCUGUGGGCCCAGCUCAGCGCUGUACAAGCCAGUGACUCCACAGAUGCCACCAGAGCCGCCAAAACGCAGUUCCUCCAAAAACUCCAGCUGGCUGUAUCCUUACUGGCAAGGAAGAACCGGGGGUUUGUGGCUCUGAACCUGGCAGGUUGGGAAGGGGCCACUGUGGCAUGGCAGUGGUAUCUCUCCCAACCCACCUCGGCCACAGAAGUUUCCCUGACCAGUCUGCAGUCAGGCUGCUCCAGCCGCCGGCCCAGUGCUGCUGAGGUAGAGGCUCAUGCCCAGAGCCUGAGGAAGGCCUGUGCACUGCUGAGACUUCGUAUGCAGAAGGCGCUGUCAGCAGCCCCCACUGACUGGAUGCAGGAGUACCGAUGCCUGCUCAUGCUGGAAGGACUACAGGCCAUUGUCGGACAGUGUCUCCACAGGAUCCAGGCGCUCCAGACAGCUGUGACAGGAGGACCGCCAGGACCAUGCCCUGUGGAGAAGCCCACCCAGGCCUCAUCACCCUGUGGAGGAAAGAUGGACUCUUCCUGGAGCCCUGAGCUCCUUCUCUACUCUAGCACCGAGGAGCUGCAGACCUUGGCUACCUUGAAGCUUCGCGUGGCCAUGUUAGACCAGCAGAUCCAUCUAGAAAAGGUUCUGAUGGCUGAACUCCUCCCUCUGAUAAACACCCAGGAGCCAGGAGGGCCACCUUGGCUGGCGCUGUGCCGGGCUGCAUACAGUCUGCUCUGUGAAGGAGGUGAGCACUUCCUCACGGUUCUUCAAGAUGACCCUGCCGACUAAGCAGGCUGAGCAGAAGUCUCUCUGGGAGAGUCCCCUCCUCUCAGCUGGAGUGUAGUGAGCAGGGAUUGAAGGGGAUUUUCCUGUUUGGAGGAGCUAAGAGCACAGAGAGAGCUGUGACUUCCCUGGGAAAGCUAGGUGCUCAGGGAGGCUGUCGGGGUGCUCCCUCAGUGCCACAUAACCACCAGACUUUCUGGUCAGGGCUCCGCUUUCUGCCUUCCUGGGAAAGCCCCCCUUGACUGCCAUCACUGUCUCGCUGUAGGCCACAAGCUACUUGUAUGAAUCUGGAGCUGUGUGUUUAUAUCGCUUCAGAGUAGGGCUUAGUAAGGAGCUUUUCAUGUUCUUGUCUCUGUCUUUGUGGUAAGGACUUUAUCAAUUAAGGGGCUUGGACACACCUAUAAUCUCACCACUGGGGAGGCUGAAGCAAGGGGAUCCUAAGUUCAAGGCCAGCCUGAAACCCUGUCUAGAUUAAAUAAAUAAAGGAAAGAAUAUAUCAAGUAGAAUUUUCAAAAAUAUGAUUGUCCUUCUGCCUAAGGGGGGAAACCAUUAACAUUUGCUCACUGACCCUGCCGUCUCUUCCCCACGUGUGUGCACGUGCCGCACUGAGCCACCUCAGAGCAGACUUGGCUCUGCCCACAGCCAUCCCAAGGUCCACCCUGACUCCUCAGGUGUCAGUUUUGUCGCAGCCUGUGGGGUCUCUGUGUCCUGCUGAGUCCCCACUCGUGGCAUUGUCACCUCAUAGGCUUUGCCCGCUAUUGUAAGAAUUGUCAGUUCCCUGGGAAGACAAGAAUGGGCAGGGGGCAGAACAUGGGUUUCAGCAUGGAUUUCUGGCUUGGGAUUUCCUAAAAGAUUCUUUUUCUUUUUCUUUUUUUGGUUUUUCGAGACAAGGUUUCUCUGUGUAGCAGCUUUCCCCUCACUGUCCUGGAACUCGCUCUUUAGGGCAGACUGGCCUGGAAUUCACAAGAGAUUCUCCUGCCUUUGCCUCCCAAGUGCUGGAAUUAAAGGCAUGAGCCACCACCACCCAGCUCCUGCAAGAUUCUUAAGGACUCCCAGCCUCAGUUCCCCAGAAUUUUUAAAACUAUUCUAUUUUGGGUGCUGGAGAGAUAGCUCAGUGGUUAAGAGCAUCCACAUUAUGGCUACAGCUGCCUGUAACUCCAGUUGUAAGAGAUCUGGUGGGCUCUCCUGGCCUCAGUAAGCACUGGACAUAUGUGGUACACAUACAUACAUGCAGGCACAACACCCCCAUAUGUAUAAAAUAAUAUAUUUUGGGGAGGGAGGUUGAGACAGGGUUUCUCGAUAGCU